AUGAAAGAGCGCAGUCUCAACCACGACCCCCGAGACGAGCUUACGGCGACGGAUGAACGAUUUUGUUCGUCACAAGAGUGGAGGAUGAGGGCGAUUUCGCUGCCAAUUGGUAUGCCGGAAGUGGAUGUCGUGUGGACAUCGCGAAGCGAGCAACUUGCUUGGGGGCGCACAACGCUCGACCUUUUCAACUCGCCUCCGAAUGAAAGGAAAGCAUAUGAAAGCGGUACCACAAAACUUGCCAUGCCGGAUGGGAGAAAGGAGUCGAGACAGGAAGGUGUGUUUACUCCUGGCCCCCUUCCAUGUGUUUGUCAACUCAUUCGUCCCAUCUACCUUUGGUUUCCGUCUUUGCCGACUUUCUUCCCUCCUGGACCUGAAAUGCUGGAAUGCGCCACAUUACCGGCGGCCGGUGGAAACAUUCUUGGCAGCUCAACGGACCACAACAAACACGGGCCCGGGGCGACUCCACCAACAUUCCCGGCCGCGAGUCCGGAGCUUCUCAUUGGUCCCGAAGAACCAAGAUUCACAACGUCCAAUCUUGCCGUGUUCCAGAGAACCAGAGGCUCCUUUUUUCGAGUGGAAAGGUGGGAAGUAGUCGUCGUGUUCCUGAGACAAUUUCCUUGUCUGGGUAUCGCCAACCCCUGA